AUGGGCUGUGGGGCAGUGGACCUCCCCGGGGGCUGCUGGCCCCUGCCUCUCCUGCUGCUGCUCAUUCCGGGAGGCAUGGCUCAGGACUCCCCGCCCCAAAUCCUCAUCCACCCUGAGGACCAACUACUGGAGGGCGCUGGCCCUGCCCGCAUGAGCUGCCGAGCAUCCGGCCAGCCACCCCCCACCAUCCGCUGGCUGCUGAAUGGGCAGCCUCUGAGCAUGGAGCCCCCAGGCCUACACAACCUCCUGUCGAAUGGAACCCUCUUGCUGCUGCGGCCCCCCACCCGGGGCCGUGCCCAUGAUGAGCAGGCCCUGUCCACGGCCCUGGGCGUCUACACUUGUGAAGCCAGCAAUCGACUGGGCACUGCAGUCAGUCGGGGUGCUCUACUGUCUGUGGCUGUGCUCCAAGAGGAUUUCCAGAUUCAGCCAAGGGACACAGUGGCCGUGGAAGGCAAGCAGGUGAUUCUGGAGUGUGGGCCGCCGAGGGGCUACCCAGAGCCCAUCAUCUCGUGGUGGAAAGAUGGGAGACCUCUGGCCCUCCGGCCAGGGCAGCACAUGGUGUCCAGGGGGUCCCUGCUGAUGACAAGAGCAGAGAAGAGGGAUGCAGGGCUCUACAUGUGUGUGGCCACCAACACAGCAGGACGACGGGAAAGCCGGGCAGCCAGGCUGUCUGUCCAGGACUCCCAGGACCACAGGGAGCAUCUGCAGCUUCUGGCUGUGCAUAUUCAUCUGGAAAAUGUGACCCUACUGACCCCAGACCCUACAAAGGGUCCCAAGCCUGGGCCUGCUGUGUGGCUUAGCUGGAAGGUAAGCGGCCCUGCCGCCCCUGCUCAGUCCUACACAGCCUUGUUCAGGACACAGACUGCGCCAGGAGGCCAGGGAGGUCCGUGGGCAGAGGUUCUGCUGGCUGGAUAUCAGAGCGCAGAGCUGGGAGGCCUGCAAUGGGGCCAGGACUAUGAGUUCAAAGUGAGACCAUCCUCCGGCCGGGCUCAAGGACCUGACAGCAACGUGCUGCUCCUGAGGCUGCCAGAGCAAGUGCCCAGUGCACCACCCCAGGAGGUGACACUGAAACCCGGCAACAGCAGUAUCCUUGUGAGCUGGGUCCCACCACCUGCUGAAAACCACAAUGGCAUCAUCCGUGGCUACGAGAUCUGGAGCUUGGGCAACACUUCAUUGUCCCCAGCCAACUGGACCGUGGUGGGAGGGCAGACACAGCUGGAGAUCACCACCCAAGCACCGGGCUUCUACUGUGUGCAAGUGGCUGCAGUCACUGGAGCUGGGGCCGGGGAGCCCAGUAGCCCUGUCUGCCUCCUUUUAGAGCAGUCCAUGGAAAGAGCCACAUGGGACCCCAGUAAGUCUGGUGUCUGGAGCCUGGAGCAACUGAAGGCCACUUUGAUGCGGCCAGAGAUCAUCGCCACUGGGGCCGUUGUGUUGUGGCUCCUGCUGCUGGGCACUGCUGUGUGUAUCCACCGCCGGCGUCGAGCUGGGUUGCACCUGGGCCCAGGUCUGUACAGAUACACCAGUGAGGACGCCAUCCUAAAACACAGGAUGGACCACAGCGACUCCCCGUGGCUGGCGGACACUUGGCGAUCCACCUCUGGCUCUCGGGACCUCAGUAGCAGCAGCAGCCUCAACAGCCGGUUGGGAGUGGACCCCCGGGACCCACUAGACUCUCGCCGCUCCUUGAUCUCCUGGGACCCGCGAAGCCCUGGGGUGCCUCUGCUUCCAGACACCAGCACGUUUUAUGGCUCCCUCAUCGCUGAGAUGCCCUCUGGUGUCCCUGCCCGGCCAAGCCCUCAGACCCCAGCUGCCAGGCGUCUCCCGCCCCAGCUGGCCCGGGGCUCCAGCCCCUGGCCCAGCUCAGACAGCCUCUGCAGCCGCAGGGGACUCAAUUCCCCACGACUGUCUCUGGCCCCUGCCGAGGUUUGGAAGGCCAAAAAGAAGCAGGAGCUGCACCAAGCCAACAGCUCCCCACUGCUCCGGGCCGGUCACCCUGUGGAGCUCUGGGCCUGGGAGUUGGGGAAGAGAGGCUCCAAGAACCUUUCCCCAAGCCCAGGAGCUGUGCCUCGAGCACUGGUUGCCUGGCGGGCCCUGGGACCGCAGCUUCUCAACUCCUCGAAUGAGCUGGCUACACGGCCUCUCCCUCCAACACCCACCUCCCCUCAUGGAACCUCCCCACAGAGUCAGCAGAAACAGCCCUUGGUGGAGCACCAAGCUUCCCCCUCCAUCCCUCUGCCUGCAGCCCCCAGCCCCAUCCUUAACUCCUCCAGGCCCACCAGCCCCCAAGCCUCUUCCUUGUCUGGUCCCAGCCCAGCUUCUAGUCGCCUGUCUAGCUCUUCAUUGUCAUCACUGGAGGAGGACCAGGAUAGUGUGCUGACCCCCGAGGAGGUGGCUCUAUGCCUGGAACUCAGUGAGGGUGAAGAGACGCCCAGGAACAGUAUUUCGCCUAUGCCAAGGGCUCCUUCACCCCCCUCCACCUAUGGCUACAUCAGUGUCCCGACAGCCUCGGGGCUGGCAGACAUGGGCAGGGCUGGAGAAGGGAUGGGGUCCCAGGUGGGGGGCCUGUUGUACCCACCUCGGACCUGCCCCACACCCACCCCCAGUGAGGGUUCCCUAGCCAAUGGCUGGGGCUCAGCCUCUGAGGACAAUGCCCCCAGCGCCAGAGCCAGCCUGGUCAGCUCCUCCGACGGCUCCUUCCUGGCUGAUGCCCACUUUGCCCGUGCCCUGGCCAUGGCUGUGGAUAGCUUUGGCUUUGGUCUAGAGCCCAGGGAGGCCGACUGCGUCUUCACAGGUGCCUCAUCACCUCCCUCCCCCGGAGAUGACCUCUCCCUGCCCCCUUGGGAGUGGAGGCCAGACUGGCUGGAGGACGUGGAAAUCAGCCACAGCCAGCGGCUGGGCAGGGGGCUGCCUCCAUGGCCCCCUGACUCCCAGCUCACAUUCUGGAGAAGUCAGCUCAGCUGCCCCGUGCCCAAGCCUGGCGAUUCCUCCUGACUUGUAUCCCCAAGAUUGCCAAGAAGUGUCAGGGGCACCUCUGCCAUCUGUGAGGCCUGGGCUGGGGUGUGUGGACCUCGGCCUAAGCAUCUGUGUACUUGGGACCCCCUUUCCCUGGUCUCCAGGGAGCUGUCCCCCUGGGACUGUGAAUGCAAAACAAAAGAAGGGCGAAGCUGAACUGGAGUCCUCUGCACCUGACCCCCAGCCAUUGCUAUCUCCUCAGCCCAGCCCACCCCGCCUUGACGGGGCAUUUUGACUGAGGAUGGGCCCCACCUCCUCCAAUUCCCGCUGGCUUGGAUCACAGGAAAUGAAGGAAUCAGAAGCUGGUAGAGUACGGUGGAGGAGGAUGCUGAGGGAAGGGAGGUGAGAUGUGGGACCAAAGCCCUCUCCCCAGAAUGUUACCACUGUGCAGUUAAGGAGCUAUAAAUCUGUGAAGAUGU